UGCUUCAGCAUCAGGUUUCUACAUGAACAUAUGACGCCAUCUUCUGGUCUUAGAUAUAAACUACAAAAUAACAGCAGCAAGGGGCUUCACUACAGGACACUGAGGCCUUAACUAUAAAUAUACCACAUAACUAUAAAUAUAUUAAGGAUUAUUGUGUAGGAUUAUUGCUGCUGCCAUGUAGGAUAUAUAGAUGUUGGUUCAUACAAUGACUUUAGUAUACCCUGACUUCAACCACUAGACAGACUGACAUGAUGAAAUUACAUUAACACAUCUUUCAUCUCUUACCAAAACUAUAUCUAUAAUAUUCCCAUGUGAUACUCCUCAUUUUGUCUUUAUAGUUGACUUUGUGGCAUUUAAAACUCUCAGGUAAUAUAACUAUUCCUUAAAAUGUCUGUAUUCUUAGCGUGACUGUAAUUGUCAGUGGUGACCUUACUUUGUCAUUUCCGGGUACUUCAGGAUUUUUCAGCUGGAUUGUCUUUCAGCCAAAGUAAGUUUUGCUGUUAUCCCUGAAUUAAUUGAAAACUCAUAGCAAACUAAAACGAAUAAGUUGUUGUUGUUGGCAGACAAUAACUGUUCAAUUUAAUCAUUUUAAAUCAUAAUAAAUAGAUAAUAGAGCAUCAGCUGAAUGUGUAUCUGGCACUUUAAAGUUAAAGUAAUUUAGCUGAGACAUGUAUGAGCGCAUGAGAAAAAGAUGUGAAAUAGCAGGGCAGCGGAUAUUCCGCUGAGCCAAUCACGAGAGAAGCUGCCAAUACAGACAGGCGUCGCAGCCAAUCAGGAGGGGCAUUUCUGUAUAGUGGGCUGGUCUUGCUGCCAGAGUUGGGAUAAUGUUAUACACAGCUGUUUUUUCUUCAAGAUUUCAACACUCAUGGCAGAAUGCAGGGAGCUCACAACAACAUUUUGCACUAAAUCCAUUCACGGACACGUAACAACUCCUCUAGUAUCUUCCGUGAGACUUCUUUCCACAGCGGUGUUUGAUGAGGUAAUGUCUCGGACAUGUUAUAAUGUUAUAUUCAGUGGCAGCAGCAGUAGCUUUAGGCCACACUAGUUUUGUUUUUAAACUUAAAGCACAGCACAGUCUCGCUAGCGGGGUGGACUUACUGGCCGGGCUUCCCCGCACAAGUUGUGGAGAAGAAGUGAGGACGGAGGAGCAACUCUUCAGGAAGGGAUUGUUGUGCCGUGCGGGACAGGAGAGCGGGGCGGCCCCCAUCAGAAAGUCUCUGGAUGAUUGAGUGUCCCCUUGAAUGGGGCGCUGUGUUUUGAUCCUUUCUGUCAUUCUGCAGUCUGCGGUCCGACCGGCGCGUGGGGACACGGCGGAGGGACUCCUGGCUGCCGUGCUGCGCUCUGAACGCAAACCAGCACACUUUGUCUGCAUAUGAGGCGACUUGGAGAGAUUAUGGUUCGGAAAGGCCUGCUGCUCAGUCGCCGCUGAACCACCAACAAAGGAAACGGCUGCUGCCUCUUUCACUUCACUCUUGUGGCCGCCUUGUGUGGAAAGACACGUUGAGAGUGUGUCGAGGGAAACAGAUUCAGCCAAUGACUUCAGGGAAAGUUGACAAAUUAGCUCUGAUUUCAUGGCCACUCGAGAGUAGCGCCGCUCGCGCACGCCUGCGCAGUUACGCACGCACACACACGCGCUCCCUUUGUUGUGAAGUUUACUCUCAGCUGAAAAGUCCUUUUAAACCCAGAGUGUCGUCUAAUAGCAGUGCUGCGGGUUCAGAGUGGGUGUGUGAGGAUGGUGGAGAGCCGGAGCUGUGUUCAGAGGGAGGGGGUGUACCGCUGGUUCUCCUCCCUCACCUCAGCCCAGAGAGCCGAGUUCCUGUGCGGCCUGCUGGACCUCUGCGUCCCCAUCGAGCUCCGCUUCAUCGGCUCCUGCCUAGAAGACUUGGCCCGCAAGGACUACCACUCCCUCCGGGAUGCGGAGAUCAAAGCCAACAACCCUGCCGACCUGUCUGGACUCACCAACAUCACGGAUGAGGUGGUGCGCAGCAAGCUGCUGGUGUCCCUCGCCCUGCUGGGCUCGGACAACCGGGAGGCGGCGGGGGUCUUGUACCGGACCCUGACUCAUAUAGAUACGGUGAUCAAUAACUACGGCCUGGCGCUAAACGACGGGAGGACUGAGGAGCAGUUUCUGUUGCUGUUCACCAUGGCAUCUAACCACCCGGCCUUCAGCUUCCACCAAAAGCAGGUGCUGAGGCAGCAGCUGGGCCAGAUCCUGGACAUCCUGCAGGUGAGCAGAGGAGGAGCAGGUGGAGAGGGUCAAGGAGCAGGGCCUGGCGGGGAUCGAGCUGCUGUCUGUUACACUCAGCCACAUCACCACUAUCACCAUCAGACCGUGUCGCUGCCUCUGUCCCCCGCUGCCUGCUCCCUGCCUGAUGCCAGCGCCGCCUACCUGCCUCUGUCUUCCUGCCAACUCUGCCACACACGCUGCACCUGCUGGCACAAGAGCCAGACCAGAGAGGCCGGCACGGUUUCAGGACUGAACUCAGGGGUCACUGUGGGACGAGGAGACCAAGCGGUCAGCCAGGAGCUCACCCCUCCUCACCUCGACCUCCCUCCUCCUCCUCCACCUCCCCCGCCACCUCCUCCUCCACCUCCUCAUCUGCCUCCUCCUGUACCUGCUGGGCAAAGCCAUGAAGCAGCAGCAUCAACCAAGAGCCACCAAGGGAAAUCAGGAAAAGUGGUGAUUGAGAGGGUGGUGCUGAGAGGAGUGACACACAAGUCUGAAGACACAAGUGAAUAUGUGUUCGAGGCCAGCUGGUCAGAUGGUUUCAUGUCAUCUGUUGUCCGAACUCAGCAGGAGGUGACAGACCUGCUGUCCCAGCUGUCACAGGUGUUUCCUGAUGAAGGCGUGGAGAAGUUCCUCCCUCAGUCCAUAGACCUGGACCCCAGGUGUUUGACAGCGCUGCCCUGCCACGUCCUCCAGCACCACAGCGUCCAGCUGUUCUUCACCUCCACCAGGCCUCUCUCACCUAACUGUGCUUCCUCUCUCCUGCCGCUGCCCUCCUCCCCUCCCACGGCUCCUGUAGCCCCAUCAUGCCCGUUCACCCCCAGCUCUACUCUUGGCUGUAUGUUGCAAUACAGAGGAGCCAACAGGGUGGUGUACAGAGUGGCCAGCGUCCAGCCUGUCGUCAGCGCCCACAGCUCUGUCUUGACUCGUUCCUCUCCUCACCCCUCCUCCCUCCCUCCUCCUCUCCCUCCCUCCAUUCCUCCUCCCCAGCAUUCCCCCCAGCUGUCUUCCCUCCCUCCCCCCGUGCCAGCCCUGGCCUCCCAGGGCUGCGUGGCUGGCGGAGGUGAUGCCUCCUCCCAGCCGCAUCCCCAACAUCAGCCCGGUCCUCAGCUUCAGUCGCAUUCGUAUCCUCAGCACUCCCAGCACCACCUUCAGCCACAAACCAGCAGUCAGCCCAGCACACAGCCUCAGUCCCAUCACCCAGCCCAUUCCCAGUCCCUCUCAUACUCCCGUUCCCAGUCCCACACACAGCCACCAUCCCAGUCUCAAGUUAACACUCCUGAACAGAACGGCAUCCUGGACUGGCUGCGCAGGCUUCGGCUCCAUAAGUAUUACCCCGUCUUCAAACAGCUCACCAUGGAGGAGUUUUUAGCGCUGACAGAGGAGGACCUGAACAAGUACGACUUGACCCAAGGAGCAAAAAAGAAACUCAAGACUCAACUGGAGCUGCAGAAGUCUGCAGACAGGGAGAUGAAGAUGGAGAAGCGGUCCUGCAGCGGCAUUGCCAGGGUGACUCCUUCCAGUCACAUGGGACCCUCAACACACCCCACCUCCACUGCAGCAGAGCUGCGAGUGGAGGUGGAUGCCAUGCUGCACCAUCACCCCGUCUCCACAGACAGCAGCUCAUCCUCAGGCUACUCCAGCUCUUCCUGCUCCCCCCGAACACCCUUCUGCAGUGACUCCACUUUUGACAGGACCAGAGACAUUCACCGACGUGUGUCGGGUCCAGACGCAGCAGGAGGGGGUCCAGAGAAGGACCGCUCAUGUGUUUUCAUUCUCAACUCCAGCUGCCCCACAGGCUCCAGUCGCCCCACAGCACAGGUCCUUCCCGUCCAAACCGACCCAGCUCCUCCUCUUCCUCCCUCCUGCUCCUCCCACCUCCCCUUCGGCCUCCCGCAGUCUCCCUACCACCCUCAGGCCAGCUACCCCCAGACCCUGCUCUCCUCGGUCUCAAACCCAGCACGCAUCCUCACUUCCCCGCGGAAGCCGCGGCCCCCUCCGCUGUGCACGGAGGACAGGACUAAGCCGCUGGGCUCGGGCCUGCCUGCUGCUGGCGCAGGCUUCAGUGGGGGGCUGGGUGUAGGGAUGGGGGUGAGGCUGGAGAACCUUUUCCCUGGGCUGAACGUGGACGGCUCUUCCACGCUCCAGGACUCGGUGGUGUGCCGCGGUCUUACAGGAGCUGCUGUGGGUCUGAUGGUGGAAACCAGCUCUGCUCUGACCUCCACCUCCAACAGCGUCCACCAUGUCUCCCACCCUCCUCUCCAUUUCCACCUCUCAUCCUCUUCAUCCACCUCUCCAUCCGGAUACUACUCCUGCCCACCUACCUCCUCUUCCACCUCCUCCUUCUCUUCUUUCUCCUCCUCCUCGUGUCCCUCCACAAAGUCCGGCUCACAGUCUGCAAGCUCCACUAGUGGGGGUGGCUUUGUUCCCAUGGCAACCACAACCACUGUCCCUGUGGCUGCGGUGCCCGGCAACACUUACUACCCGCCCCAGCCUACCUCCAGCCCCUCCCCUUCCCCUUCCUCUGCCUCCUCAUUGGAUCAAAAUUCAGGUCACACCCCCUCCGUGUGUGUUUGCAGCUCCUGUGGUUGUCGGGGGAACUGCGGGGCCUACGGGGCGUUGCCUGGAUAUGCUGCUGCGGCUGGCUACCUGCAGCCAUUCCCGACCGGCCCCUCCCUCUUCACCCUGGGUCCUCUGCUCCAUCUCAGCCCCCUGAUAGCCUCGUCCAGCAAUGCGGGCGCUGGAGCCGCGCCCUUCUCCUACCCCAUGAUGAUGCCACCGCCCUAUCACCAUAGCCCCGUGUCACAUGACCAGCAGCAGGGCUUUGGCUACUACCAGCCCCAUGGCAUCAUGGGAAACGGAGGCCAGAAACGUGCAGCGGGAAACCUGUCAUGUUAUAACUGUGGUGCCAAUGGGCACAGAGCAGAGGACUGCAAACAGCCGCCCAUGGACUCAUCACAGCAAGGAACAUUUCGACUGAAGUACACUCCUCACUCUGACAGUAAGGACUCAGGGGACUAACCAGGAGAAACACAAGUGGAUUUGAAUUGUCAUACUCUUGACACGACUGUACCUCAUGUUCCUCAGCAGGCAGCCGCCACAGAGUUUUAAAGGGAUGUGCAGACAGCCUGCUUCACCACGGGUCCGUUUAAGGACUGUUGAUCUGAAAGCAGAUCUAUUUUAUCCUUUUGUAAUUCUUUUACAACAGCUAUCACUGCAGAGAGCCAUCGGCAGCAGCUGCCUGAGAACAGCGAAAAACAAGGAGGGAGAGGAGUUUCUUUACACUACUUACAUAUGCCUCGCUGAGAGAUGAAAGGAGGACAGAAAAGAAACAGAUUGGCGAGGAGAGACGGAUACAGAGUAUAUGAAGAAGAGAUGGAAUGGCUGUCACAGUCCGUGUCACCAGAUUAGCUUUCCUCCCCACUCAGAUCUCCUCUGAUACAAGUCACAAGGAGAGCUGGGGAUCCUAAACUCUGCCUCAGUUCAUCUCAGAGACUUCCUCCACGGAAGAAACAGUCAGCCACAUCACCUACAGUGCAGUACAACCAGAGAGUCUUUCCCCCAGCCAAAUAACAGAACGUCUGUAGUCUCCUGGAUGGUUCACAAACCAAAGGAACAGAAGUCCAGCAUCCUAAUAACUUCCUGGACACUCAGCGGAAUGCAUUUUUAACUUGUUCUGAACCUAAGACCCAGUUUGAUCUAAUCAUGCCUUUAUUGAGACAGCUUGAAUAUCUUGGACAUGUGUCCAGCUCUCUGAACCCACAAAGAAGCAGCAGUGUUAUCCUCCCUUUCACUGAAUCCUCUGUUAUAUAAAGCCUCUCAUACCAGCUUUAAAACACGGAUUAUUAAAAGAAGCAAUUCUCUUAUACGUCUUGUGAUCAGGUUCGACUCGCUGCUGUCCAUGGAUGACAUGUGAUGUAAAGCAGAGCUGUGUCCCCAUUCCAUACUUCAUACUAACUGUAUACGGUACAUACUUUAUACUUAUCAUUGUAGUGGACUGGUUUUUGCUGUUAGUUUACAAGAAAUCAGCACACUUUAUUGUUUUAGUCUAGCAGGAUUGAUGCAGUACGUACAUUGCUCAAACACAGUCAAGCCGUGACUUCAGAACAUCACGACCAAUUAAAGCUCCCCUGUUGAGUUUUUUUGUAAACAAAGUGUCUGUUUACAUUUGUUGUUACCCAGAAAAACACAUUGUGUGGAUCAUCAAUGUCUAACAAACAUACUGAAUGCAUUUCCUUCCUCAUAAAACAUUUGCAAAGCCAGUUUUUUUUAAGUAUUUUGAAAACCUGCAUCGUCGACCACAAUGUUUACAUGCAAACAGUCUUCGUCUUCAUGUUUCACAGGUUUCUUGGUACCUGUAGAUCAGUGGAAUACUGUGAAACCUUUAGCAGGACUGUGUGCACCAGGUCUAACAACACAGAGACCUACACAUUUUUUAUUGUUUUUACUGCUCCAAUAUUUAUUUUAUGCAUUGCAUCAUGGGAGAAUAUUGUCCAUCAACAGUAUACUCUAGUUUCUUCAUAGUCUGCUUACUGACUGUUUUGAAUGCUUGAUUUAGUUGCUCUCCAGUGUGAGCACACUACAUACAUACCACCACAUACUUACAAAUGUAUAGAAUUAGAAAGCAGUAUGAAUUUGGGACACAGCAAACGUGUUACAAAAAGUGUUUUCAAUUGUAUCUACUCUAUUUUCUCUUCAUCUUACUUUUAAAAGGAACUGUGUACCCUGAUUCAAGAGCUGGAUCCUCCAAAAGAUCCAGCUCACAAAGGUGGAUUCUCUGAGAACUUGCUGCUCCGCCCAAGAUCAGAUCACCUCAACACUUCAUUAAACAGCUGACAGUAGACGGCCCCUGUUUGUACUCAAAUUUAAGUAAAAGACUUGAAAUGGAACAGACUUUGUUGGUCUCUAGCAGGUGAUCUUAGUGGGAGCCUGUACCAGCUCCCGUCAACAGUGCCUGGGGUUGAACCCAUCACCUUCGGGUGACAUGCAGCCUCUCUACCUCUGGGCCAGUCUGAUAGCAAAACGGCUUACAGUGCCAGAUGCUGCUUUCUAUACAGGACAGGACAAUCAGAAUGCAGGCUAAAUAUUUUCAGACAAACAUUAAAUGUCAGUACAGAAUAUCUUUGUAUCUUCAGUUCACAACAGUGUUCCUGCGGUCAUUUAAGGCGGAUCAACAUUUCAAAAGUGCCAAUUUCCUGCAGUGAAGUUUGCUGAUGUCGCAUUUUUUCAUAUUGUGGAUGUAAGUGAAUGAAUGUCCUACACUUCAGCCUCUUUUGUAAUUGUACAGCCUUUAUACAAAAGAACAUUUCAGGAUUGUUGAAUUUGAGAAACAGUCUGAGUUAAAGUUAGGAAAUGUUUGUGAGUGUUUUUGAAGUCUUGGACUGUGUGUGAGUUGCUGGGCAGGACCCAGAGUUUUACAGACACGAGGACAGCUGGUCCUUCAGAUGAAACUCUAUCUGUACCCCUGGAGGGCGCAGCACAGGGACAUUUAUUUAAAAUGGUAAAUACUGAAUAUUCAGUAUGUAUAGCAACUUCUAUCUGUUUGUUCAAAACAAUAAGUCAACAUUGUGUUUUUUUUUGUAAUGUAAAAUAUGUUGUGUUUUGGGGAAUUGUGUUUUCACAGAAACGGGGCUCACAAUCAACUAGCCUGCCCCUGGAUGUUCAGCUGAAUGUUCAUUAGAGUUUUAACUGUGCAACUGUGUACAUGAAUAUAGGUGCAUAACAAGAUUUCAUUCAGUUGUUGCACAGAAGGAAAAAAAACUGCCUUGGACUUUUGUUUCAUAGAUCAUACCAAAGAGCGCCCUCUUUUAAUGUUUUUUUUGUUUGUUUGUUUGUUUUUUUGCACUUAUCUAGUUUUGCUGUUGCCUUAAGCAUCACAAUAGAGCCUGGUAAGCUGAUACCACAGCAUGCAUGUUGCUUCAUCUUUAGUGAAAAGUGCUUUUGAAAUAUUUGUGUGCAAAUGUUUGAACACAGUUUAUAAUUAUCCAGUUCAAGUAUAGGUCAGAUUUUAUAUCGCUUAUUGUGUUUUCAAACUUGAUUUGACUCUGAGGGAAAAAAACAUUUGAGUAAUAAAAUAUGUUCUGAUUCUGACUUUCA